AUGAGGCCAACACAAAAGCAUGGAUCAUACAGCAGCUCUUCAACGACUACAUCCGCAAAGUCUACAGGAAGUUCCAAUUUGCAAAACCGGAAGGUACUGCUUUUCGUGGAUAACUGUGGUGCACACGGUCACAUCCAUGAUCUCCAGUCCGUCCACUUGGUGUUCCUGCCGCCCAACACCACGAGGGUCUUCCAGCCCAUGGACCAGGGCAUUAUAAAAAAUUUGAAGGUCCUCUACACAGCUCGCCUCUUGAACCCCAUGGUCAUCUGCAUCGACGCCGGCAAGCAGUACGCUGUUAGCCUUCUGUUGGCAAUAAACAUGCUUGCGGAUGCCUGGAGGGCGGUGGCCUCUGCCACUCUACAGAACGGCUUUUGGCAUGCUGGAUUUCUUAUAACCGAUGAAGUGAGUGCCAUGGAGGCCCCAGAUCUGUCGCCUUCCAAUGUGCUCCCUACUGAAGCCGAAAAUGUUCGAGACCUGCGCAGUGGUGGCAUUGCGAUUCCGGACAGUCUCAUUUGA